AUGAAUAAUAGUAAUAAUAAUAAUUUUUGUGGAAGUCAUAAUAGAUGUACUGAUUUCAUUUGUUAUGAUUGUAAUGUUUUAAUGUGUGCUGCUUGUGCAUCACAACACUCACGUCAUAACUUUGAGCAUAUUGAUAAUAUUAAAUCAUAUAUUAAUAAUAUUACUGUAGAUACGACGACCACCACCAAUAGUGAUAAUGAUAAUAGUAAUAGUACCUUUUCAGGAUUAAGAGAUAUCCAGUCAAGCAUUAAAUCAACAUUCGAUACUUUGAAAUCUAAAGUCAAGGAGUAUGAACAGUUACAACAGACCGAGAAUGAAAUAUCAAGUAAAUUCAAAGAGCUUCAUGAUUUCCUUGUUGUUGAAGAACACAAGCUAAAGGCACCAAUCAUAGAUGGCAAAACACAGCUAGAGCAACAAAUAGAUAAACAAAUAAUAGUGAUGAAAUCAUUGAAUUCUAUCAAUAAUCGAAUCACAAACACUCAACCAAAUGAUAAGAAUUUAGAUCAAGCUGAUUCACAAUCAUCUUCUUCUAUAUCACCAGAUAUAGUAGAGAGUUAUCAAAUAUCAACAAUAAUAACAUCGAUUUCACAAUCAUCAAAUCACAAUGAAUUCAUUCAAAACAACAAAAAUACUGUGUUUUAUUUGGAUGAUUCCAACAAGUUAAACAGGUUAGACAAAGAUGAUAGUUCGAUUUUAAAUAUAUUACUCGAGAACAACAGUAUUAUUAAAUUAAAUAGUGUUAGUGAGCGCGAUCAACAAUUAAGAUCACAGCAAUAUAAAUUGAUUGUCAAAAAUGAACAAAUCAAUCUCAUCAAGAAUCAAAUUCAAUCAUCAAUUAAAUUGGAAUUAUUGAACCAACCAUAUAUAUUCUCAACUGAUAUGAAUGGUAAAAUAUCAAUCAUCAAUAUUAAAGAUCCAAACAACAUUCAUUUUGAACAAAUAAAGAUCGAAAUGACAUAUUCAUUUCCUCCAUACAAUUCGAAUGUCAAUGUUGGUGACUUUAUCUACAUGUUUGGUGGUGCAAAAUCGAGACACAGUAUAUUUACAAAAUAUUCAGUCCGCAAUAGAUCGCUGGAAACUAAUGAAAUGAGAGGUGUUGAUAAGUGCGCCUAUAUAUCGGCUUGCUACGAUGGUCUAGAUCAUAUCUAUUUGUUCGAUGGAUAUAAAACACCAAAAGCAAAUAUCUACAGAUACAACAUAAACAGUUCAACAUUCGAGAAAUAUUCAACAAUCAAUCUCGAUGGAACUUGCCAUCAUUUCACAUUCUUCUUCAAAGACUUUAUCUAUGUCUUCACACCAGCGAUCCAAAAGAUUUUAAAAUUUGACAUAAACAACAAAUCAACAAUUGACCUACCAAUUGGAGUACCAAAAUACACAUCGAGAGGAGUAUGUACCGACGGCAAUGGCAACAUAUAUGUCCAAUCAGAAUUAGGAUUACAUCGAAUCAAUAUUGAAACCAAUGAGAUCAAAAUAUUUGACAACAGUAAAAUCAACACGAGUUACAAACAUCACAACUUGAUCUAUCAUUCGAUAGAUGACCAAAGCUAUAUUUAUUCACUCCUAGGAAAAGAUAGAAAUUUUAUUUUCUCUAUUGAAAAUGGUACAUGGGAAAAGAUUCUCCAAGAUGAUCAGUCUGAUCGAUCGGAAUGCGCCAGCACAUUGUAUCGUCUAUAG